CUCUCUCUCUCUCUCUCUCUCUCUCUCUCUGACCAACACCCAGUGUCUGUACAAGAAGCCCUUCCCUGUAAACCAGACUGCAUUUGUGUAGACUGCCCAGAGUCCACGAACACCACCCAGCAACUGGACUGCCAAGGAGUGGAGGCCAGUUUGAACACAUCCCCAGUCCUGUGUGCUCAGACAUGUCACUGUACAGCUUCGGCUUGGAUCCUGUAUCCUGUCACGCAUGGAACAAAGAUCGGACUCAAAUUGCGAUCAGCCCCAACAAUACUGAGGUCCAUAUUUACCAGAAGAGUGGGAAAGAAUGGACCAAGAUUCAUGAACUGACACAACACAGUGGGCGCAUUACAGGUAUUGACUGGGCCCCGAUCUCGAACCGCAUUGUGACGUGUGCAUCAGACAGAAACGCCUAUGUGUGGACCCUGAAGGACAGGGUUUGGAAGCCCACCCUGGUCCUGCUGAGGAUCAACCGUGCUGCCACCUGCGUCAAAUGGUCACCCCUGGAGAACAAGUUUGCUCUGGGCAGCGGGGCUAGGAUCAUCUCAGUGUGCUAUUUUGAGAAGGAGAAUGACUGGUGGCUGAGCAAGCACAUUAAGAAGCCAAUCCGCUCGACUGUGCUGAGUCUGGACUGGCACCCGAAUAACAUUCUCCUAGCUGCCGGGAGUUCGGAUUUCCAGUGCAGAGUAUUCUCAGGCUACAUCAAGGAUAUCGAGGAGAAGCCUGGGCCCACAGCCUGGGGCUCCAAGAUGCCAUUCGGGGAGAUGCUGCUGGAGCAGGGGGAUGAUGGAGGCUGGGUUCACAGCGUCUGCUUCUCCCCAUCUGGAAACAGCCUGGCCUGGGUCAGUCACAGUAGCACUAUCUGCGUCACUGAUGCUGCCAAUAAAAAAACUGUGACCCAGCUGAAGACUGAGUAUCUCCCUCUGCUUGCUGUGCUAUAUCUCAACGAGACUGAAAUUGUGGCUGCGGGCCACGACUGUUGUCCCUAUCAGUUCUCGUACAUGGGCCCAGACUCCCUCAAGUAUAUCGGCAAAAUCGACCUUCCCAAGCAGAACUCCAAAGUGAACAUGUCAGCCAUGCAGCACUUCCGCAAUCUGGACAAGAGGGCAACAACAGAGAAUGAGAACACAGACCUGGAGACUCUGCAUCAGAACAGCAUCAGUCAGCUGUGCAUUGUCGAAGGGGAUCGAUCAAAGGUGACCAAGUUCAGCAGUGUUGGACUAGAUGGGGACAUGGUCAUCUGGGAUUUCAAGCACUAAAAGCAAAUUCAACAAGAAGACUUGAACCUUCAGAAAGGAUUGGUUUACUCUUUGGUAUUGAAUUCUUCCUGAAUGUGCUAUACAGACAUGUCAAAUAUUACAAAUGCCUUUUUUUAACUGCGAUAUCCAUUUACACUAUUCAAAGAGUCUGUUUAUUUGUUAAAGUCAAGCAAUUACAAAGUCACAAACACAGGUUGUAUCUUUUGCCCCAUACAUGAAAAACAGCAAGUUAGCACCCACAGAAGCCAUAAUAUAUGUGUACAUGUACUAUAUUGCAUUAAAGACUUGUGACCAAGAUGGCCUUAUUUCGGGUUCAUGCCUCUAUAAAAACAUGACCCAGAAACUGAGCUUGAUUUUUCGGUGCUUUAUUUGCGCACUUAUUUUAAACAACAAAAUAAUAAAAAACAAACACCUAGCUCCUCCGAGAACUUACUAUACAUUUAUGCAGGUUCCCUGGCUAGUGUGCAAUACAGCCAAGCUGUUUACCUGGCAUAAAAUGCAAAAAUACACUAUCUUUUUCACACAGACUACGAUGCACAGUCUGGCUCUUCACACAGUAGCAGACCAGAAUGAACUAACUCUGGGGUUUAUAUGCCCCAGAGAAACAGGUAUAGACGACUAGCUCUAAUUUAAUAAUAAUGAGGCCAACUGCCAAAACAAUAAAACAAUUACCAAUUAAUAAUUAAACAAUGAGCACAAAUUAAUGUUAUUGAAUGCAUUAUCAUUGUCAACAUCUGAAGUGCAAACUUUCUACUCUUGUUCUAAAAAUCAAAUAAAAAAUUACUGCUGCCUG